AUGUCUUUACCAGGAAAAAAAACUCGAGAUUUAUCACAAUUACCAACACUGUGUUAUGAAAUAAAAUUAAAUUUACCAAUAAAUGUCGAUACUAAUCCACAAGAAAUAUCGUUCUUAGAUUUAAUUGCAAAUGAUCAAAAAUUUAAAAAUGAUAAGGAAAGUUUAGAAUUAGUACUUAGCUCAUAUGUUAAAGCAUGUGGAAAACAAAGUGUUAAAGAAAUUCUUUCUGAACGUGAUACUAUUGUUGAGGAUAAUGCAUCAUUAUCUAAUAUAAUUCGUGCAUUAAUGGAUUAUAAUGAUCAACAAAAUGCUAAUUUAGGUGUUGGUUAUAAUGAUCCAGAUAAUGAUGAUUCAUUUAUUGAUGAUUCGACAGCUGCACAAGAUAUAAUACCAAGAAAUAUGACAAAUGAACGAGAUGGAUUUUAUGUUAAUGAAAAACAUCAACCAAUUACAGCUCGAUAUUUAAGUGAUUCAAGUGAAUCGAGUAGUGAAGAUGAAGAUGUAGGAGAAGAUGAUAGUGACGAUGAUGAUGAAUCAAGUGAAAGUGAGAAAGAAGACAAAGAAAAAAAGAUAAUUAAUAAUAACCAAGAAGAUUUAAAUGAAAAAAAUGCAAAAAAGGUUAAAAUAGAUGAUAAUACAAUUCCAAAAUUACCAACUAUCAAACGAAAACGAAGUAUAUCUGAAAUCGAAACACCUUUAUUAACAACCAAUUUUGAUGAUCAAAUGAAUAAUAGUAAACCAGUCGAAGAAACUGUUAAAAAAGUUAAAAAAUUAAGUGAAACUACUAAUGAACAAUCUACACAAAGCUCAAUAACAUAUGUUUUACCAAAUGAAAUGGACAAUGAUAUUAAGUCAUCUAUCGAAAAACUAACAAAAUUAAUUUUAUCUGAUCAAACAAAUACUAAUGCUCAAAAGAAGGUUGAACGUCUUUUUGAUCCAACUGUUUGUCGUGAAUUACUUGAUUUGGUAAAGAAACUUCAUCGCCACACGAAUGCUAAUCGACAAUUAGUAUUUGAUAUUUUAAGUACAAAAACUGGUAUAUGUGCUGCAAUACUAAUAACACGAGGUCGAUUAUUAUUAUUAAACGAUUAUGAACCAUUAAUGACACCAAUGCCAUUAAACGAACUUAAAGAAAAACUAAAAAUUGAAGUUAAUCGUUCAUUGGAAUCCCACAUACAAGCACAUAAUCAAGCAAUAAAAGAAUGGCAAAAGAAAAUGGUUGAAAAUCCAUCAAAAGACAAAAAUCGAGGACCAAGAAAAAACUUUCGUUUAUAUAAAACAAUAAAUGAAUUAAUUAUUCGUUGUAUUGAUUGUAAACUUGAAACAAUGACAAUUUUUGAUUCGGAUUCAUUAGAAUUAUUUCUUCAUGAUCAUAUUGUAUCAUUAUGGGAGAAGCCUGGAUGGAUGACAGCAAAAAAAAUCAUUAGUGAAGUUAUUAGAAUUGAAUAUCGACCAUUACGAGAUAUGAAUGUACCUUUGAAUCAAUCAUCUCAACCAUUUCGAGUAACACCAAUACCUUCAACAACUGAACGAAUAAAAAAAGAUACUCCAACGAUUCCACAACCACCACCGACGUUACCACCACCAUCCCCACUGCCACCGGCACCACCAUCAAAAAUAGCAAAUACUAAUCCAUCACCAACGAUCAAUGCAACAAAAGUUUCUCAACAGCAAAAUUUAAAAACAACUGAUAUCAAACCUUCAAUUCAUCCAACAACGAAUCAAGUUCAUGGAAAAUCAUUAGAAAUGGCUACGCGUGUUACAACUAAUCCUAUUAAGCAACAUACACCGCAUUCAACAUCGAUUGAAUCAACAACUAUUCAAUUAUCUGAACAGUCGUUAAUCAAAUCUAAUAAAUCUGAUAUUGUUCGUCCAAUAGCAAAACCAGCUAUUAUUUCUCCAUUACUACAAUCGGAUUCAACAACUAAACGUAAUUCAACCUCAAGUUCUUCAACUAUUAUUGAUCUGACUAUGGAUUUAUUUCCUCAGCCUAAAAAACAUUCAAAUGAAUCAUCAAAUUCAACGUCAAGAAUAAAUACUCAUUCUUCUUCGAAUAAAGAUUUAUCAUCAUCACAACGACCAACUUCUUCAACCACAUCAUCAAUGAAUAUAUCUAAACAACAACAACAGCAACAACAACAACUACAACAACAACAGCAACAACAACAACUACAACAACAACAGCAACAACAACAACUACAACAACAACAGCAACAACAACAACUACAACAACAACAGCAAUUUGCUACAAAGCUUCCAUCUGAAAAAUCUCCAGCUGGAUCUUUUCUUAAAGAAGCACUUCUGACUGGUUCAUCAUCACCAAAACUUUCUGCAUCACCAUUAACUGUUGAUAAUAUGCUUAAUAAAUCACUUAAUAGUCCAAAAACGAACACAAAUACGUCAACUAUGAAACCGCUCCCACCACCAACAACAUUACAAAGUUCAACAAAUCAUACACAACGUUCUUCAAGUUCAAGCAAAAGUACUACAAGUCGUUCUUCAACUGAUUAUACUCAUCAUCGAACUGAUCAACAUAUUCAACAAUCAAAAGCUCCAUCCUCUUCAAGUCGAUCACAGUCAAAUACAGCAUCACCUUCUAUUUCACCAUCAUCGCGACGUGAUAUAUUAAUUGUAUUGACUGAUACAAAAGAUCAAGAUGUUCCAUUGACUAUUGAUGAUAAUGAAGAUGGAACAUUUACUAUAGCUUAUACACCAAAAUUACCUGGUGUACAUUGUAUAAGUGUUCUAUUUGGCAAUAAUGAAAUACCUAUAUCACUAAUUAAAGUUAAUAUUGAACCAAGUGUUGAUGUAAAUAAAAUACGUGUUGAAGGUCUUGAAACAAUGCCUAUUGUUGGACAGCCUGCUCAGGUUACAUUAAAUACAUUGUUAGCUGAUCCAUUAUCAGCUAAUGCAAUUCAUGCUCGGGGUGGGUGUGGAUGUGGAUAA